UACAUAAUCGCAUUACUCCCUGAGUUUAUAUCUAACAUGAGCUACCAUACCAGUAGUUGAAGAGGAAGCGAGCGCCACAAAAAAUAAUAUUAAAUAAUGAAAGCGAGAAAGGAAAAGGAGAAGCUAUCGAUGGAAACAUACAUAGAUUUUGUUCUCUCACGCAAGCAAUCAGAUCUCAAAGUCGAUUUUCUCAAUCAGAUCAUCGCCAUGCAUGGCUUCAAGAGAAUCAACAAAGCUCCGAAGAGUGUGUUAGUGAAUGCCGUAAAGUCAUUGGACGUGAUGGAUCCAUCACGAUCCACACUUAAUGAGAACAUAGGGCCGUGCGCAUCCAUCCAUCUCAACAGCAUAUUGACUGACCUAAACGAACUCUGUUGGCAAGAGUGUUGCGUCACUUCCGUCGAUGUCUUUAAUAACACAGAAGUCUCCCAAGCUUCUAAUGCCUCUGCUUCUAUGCCGUGGUGUCAUGGAUUUGAGAAUAGUGAAAUACCAAUAAAAUGGCUGACCAAACGGAAAAGGUCAGAAACUUUAGCUUGACUGUUUGCCUGUUUCCGUUUUGAUUGGGUUUGUUUGCUCAGUCAUUGCGUUUCUGGUGUUUUGGCGGGAGCGCUGAUCUCAGCCAAUUGAGUUAGCGGUACGGACGAGGAUGCCUGAAUUUUACUCCAGUCUAGUGAAUAACCUUCUAUGGUUGGUGAAACCUUGAUUUUAAAUGAGUUUUAAAUCACAAA